AUGGGAGAUGCUACGGUAUCUUACAAGGCUCGGGGCAACGAGGAGUAUGCGAAACGAAACUUCCUGAAGGCAGCGGCCUUAUACACACACGGACUGCAGGCUGAUCCCAAGAACGCGACGCUCUACAGCAAUCGGAGCGCGGCGCUGCUGAAUCUUAACAAGGUCACGAAAGCCUUGGCUGAUGCGGAGGCCUGCAUCAGUCUACGGCCUGACUGGGAUAAAGGCUACUUUCGGAAGGGUCUGGCUCUAGAAGCAGCAGGGAAGGGCCAGGAGGAUGGCGAGGAGGACUUCAGCGCAGUGGACGCCGUCGCCGACCCGCUGGCGGAGGACCCUUCCCUGCCGUCCCUGUCGACUCCAGUGGACGAGGCUGGGGGUGAAGGGGCGGGCACUUCCUCGAGGCUGGGCCGCCCUCCACAGCAACGACCAGGACCCCUCCCCGCCGCCCUGAAGAAGGGUCGGCUCUUGGACCAUGAGGGACAGGCCGUGGCCCCCUCGAUUGUGCCAGACCACGUGCGGCAUCCGGAGCGGUAUAUGCGGUACACUUUCGACCAGGAGAUCCAGGUUGGAGGUGGCGUGGCGCAGCUGGCCGAGUCCGCCACAACCCAAGUGAGCGGGAAAAGGAGUGAAGAGGGUCUGCAGUCGGCCUGGUACCUGUAUCGCUGA